CCAGUGGGGCUCAAGAAGGUUUGAGUCAGCCGCGAUGGAUGUGUUUCUCAUGAUCCGGCACCACAAAACCACCAUCUUCACUGACGCCAAGGAGUCGAGCACCAUGUUCGAGCUGAAGCGCAUCGUCGAGGGCAUCCUCAAGCGGCUGCCGGAUGAGCAGCGGCUGUACAAGGACAGCCAGCUUUUGGAUGACAGCAAGACAUUGGGCGAGUGUGGCUUCACCAGCCAGAUGGCACGGCCUCAGGCCCCAACCACUGUGGGGCUAGCCUUCCAGGCAGAUGAUGCCUCUGAGGCCCUGCGCAUUGAGCCCUUCUCUACCCUCCCUGAGCUGCCAGACGUGGUGAAGCCACAGGACUCAAGAAGCAGAGCCAAUGAACAAGCUGUGCAGUGAGUGGGCCGCCGCAGCAUUCCCCUUCUCCCCUAAUAAAAAGAGAUUUGGGUGUCUGCCUCAUUGCUGCCUCUUUCUGCACACCCUCACUGGGGUGGGGGCCCAAUUCAGCCCACUUCAGCCCACUCCUCAGGCUUACCAGGCUGGCCUUCUGGACAAGCUCUCUGGAUCCAGCUAUCGUAUCCCUUAGGCCAGCCUUCAGAGUGGUCCCCUCCCAGCAUGCUGGUUACCAGCUAGAAAGCCAGUGUCGGUUUGGGAGAGGGUUCUGUGGGGGAUCCAUGGGGGGUCCACAGCCUAGAGCCACCCCAAGUGGCUCCUCCCCAAUAA